AUGACUGAUCCAGACCAAUGCAUCAUAUGCCUGGAAAGUUUGGAGCCUGCAGCUGAGGAUGUGGGUGUGGCCGACUCGGAAAUGGCGGGUGACCCUUCACCAUCCAAGGAAGCACCUGGCUUCAGUCCUCCCGAUGAGAACACCUUCAUCGCGACACUCGUUGGCUGCAAUCAUGUUAUCCAUGAUCGCUGCAUUAGGAGCUGGGCCAACAACUCCAACACAUGUCCCAUUUGUCGCGCCACCUUCAAUGAAGUCAAGCUCUCCACCAAGAUCGAUGGCCCCAUAGUAGACUCAUACCCGGUCCAAGACAAGAUACAGACCCAGGAGUUCGACCUUAGCGAAUGGCUCCAGGAAAAUCCCGACGAAUCCGAGGAAGAAACGCCAUGUCCCAUUUGUGGCACGGCUGAACGCCCCGACAUCCUUCUGCUUUGUGACGCCUGCGACGCCGCUUAUCACACCCACUGCAUCGGCUUGGAUCACGUUCCCAGCGGCUCGUGGUACUGUCUCGAGUGUGCCGAUCUUAUUGAUCCUCAGCUCUCUCCCGACAACACUUCCGACUGGGAGACCCAAGUCACGUCGGGUCGUUCUCGUGGCAGGUCCAGCGGGAGGCCGUUUACCCGAACUCGCGAGCGGCAGAGGCGAGCCCGUCGCCAGGCUCGAUCCGUCGAGUGGCAGGGCGCUUGGGGCCGAAUUGCGGGCCGCGUUUUCGACGCCACGAAUAUUGACCUUGAUAACCAUGAGGACGACGAUAGUUUCGAGGGGUUCCGGCGGUCCCUGCAGCAGCGCGAGCGGGAACUUCGCGAGUACCAGCAGUGGGAACGGCGCCUCGCCAUUGCCAGCCGUCAGGGAGCUCGGGAGACCUUUGCCAUGGGCAUUCCCAGGGCCAUCGGCGAACGACUGGAUAUUGCCCAGCCUGUUGAACAAGAAACCCCCGAAGAGCAAAAGGCCUGGAACGAACUCGACAGAAUCAGGGAGACCGAAAACCCCGGUGCCCAGAACAGGCGGAAGCGCAAGUCCGCCACAUCGUCUCCACGCGAGCCUGCAUCGGAAGAGCCGCAACGAAAGUUGAAGCGACCGCGCACUCGCCGACUUGUUCUGCAUGGCGAGGCAUCAGGCUCUGGCAUUUCGGGUUCGGGAGCUGCGUCAGCCUCGGCCACGUCGUCGACCUCUACCGUGCCACCUGUUCCGCAAGCACAACGUAGCGCCGAAGAACCCUCGUUCCUAUCAUCAUUGCUCCGCGAGGUCGAGACCGGUCCACCGUCCGACGACGAAAACGGCCGCACUUACUUCAGCUCGGGAUAUGGCGUGGAAGCAUCGUCCCCAGCAGCCUCGCCCGGCGCCUCAUCCCACAAUUCUCCGAGAAAUCUGUCUCUUACACCACCCCCGCUCCCUAGACCAACUUCACCGAGCACACUGAGCUCGCAUAUCGAACCAGUCUUUCCCAAGGCCAACUACUCUCCCGCCCGCUCAGCCGGCGAAACCAGCGAUUCGGAUAAUCCCCCCCGCAGCAUGGCCCUCGAGAUACGACAUCCCCGCCCUCGCAGGCCCGAUCGGAGACAAGGGUCCCCACGACAGGCUCGGUCUCAGGACAGCUCGCCGACAAGGCAGGACAUUACCCUGCGGGCGAAGGAGAAGAUCAACGGCAUCGUCCUAGCCGCGCUGAAGCCACACUGGCGAGCUAAGAAGCUCACUGUGGAUCAGUAUUCGAACAUCAACCGCGAUGUUUCGCGCAAGCUCUAUGACAGCAUUCGUGACGCUUCGGCACUGGACGACGACGCCGGCAAGAAAAAUUGGGAAAAGGUGGCUGCGGAAGAAGUGGCUCAGGCGAUUUCGGGUUUGAAGGCUUGA